CACACAGAAAGAGAGAGAACAAGGAAGUACCUUUCAUAGAAUUUUAAUUUUUGAGAACACAAAACUGUUCUGUUUUUCAGUGCGUAUAUACAGAAACAUGGCAGAAUCCAGCAUUUUAGUAGACCAGGACCAGUUUAUCUGUGCAGUAUGUCUGGAUCUCCUGAAAGAUCCUGUAACUACCCCGUGUGGUCACAGUUUCUGUAAGGUGUGUAUUAAUGGCUGCUGGGAUCAGGAGGAUCAGAAGGGGGUCUACAGCUGUCCUCAGUGCAGACACACGUUCACUCCAAGGCCUGUUCUACACAGAAACAACAUGCUGGCUGAAGUGGUGGAGAAACUGAAGAAGACUGAAGUCCAAGCUGCUUCUUCUGCUCACUGUUACGCUGGACCUGGAGAUGUGGAAUGUGAUUUCUGCAGCGAGAGAAAACACAAAGCCGUCAAGUCCUGUCUGAUGUGCGUGGCAUCUUUUUGUGAAACUCAUCUGAAACCACAUCUAGAAGUUUCUGUUUUGAAAAAACACACCUUAAUUGAAGCCUCAGGAAGGCUACAAGAGAAGAUCUGCUCUGAACAUCACAAGCCGAUUGAGAUCUACUGCCGUACCGAUCAAACCUGCAUCUGUUAUAUGUGUACGAUGGAUAAGCAUAAAGGUCACGACACCAUCACAGCCUCAGCAGAAAGAGCUGAGAAACAGAGUAAGCUGGAAGAGGAGCAGAUGAAAUUCCAGCAGAGAAUCCAGGAGAAGCAGAAGAAGGUGCAGGAGCUGAAACAGGCUGUGAACAUUAUAAAGCUCAGUGCACAGAGAGCAGUAGAUGAUAGUGAGAGGAUUUUUAAUGAGCUGAUCAGCUCCAUGGAGAAAAAGCGCUCGGAGGUGACAGAGAUGAUAAGAGCUCAGGAGAAGGCUGAAGUAAAUGAAGGUGAACAACUCUUGGAGCAACUGGAGCAGGAGAUUUCUGAUCUUCAGAGGAGAGUCACUGAGCUGGAGCAGCUUUCACAGACACAUGAUCACAUUUAUUUCCUCCAGGCUUUAGCUUUUGGACGUCGGUCUCCCCUUUCUGAAAGAUCAGAUUUAGACACCUCAAGUAUUAUUGUUCAUCAAAAUCUCUCAUUUAAAGGAGUGAGUAAUUCUGUCUCAGAUCUGAAGAAGAGACUUGAAAUUUUCUGUGAGGAGGAAUUCAACAAAAUUCUUCCACAGGCUGCAGCAGUUUACAUUAUUUCACAGACAGAGAGCAGAGAAGAUUUCUUGAAGUAUUUCUGUUAUCUGACUCUGGAUCCCAAUACAGCAAAUCAACACCUCAAUCUGUUUGAAAAGAAUAGAGCGUUGACAUACACUAAGCGAAACCAGAAGUACUCUGAACAUCCAGACAGAUUUGACUUUUGCCUACAGGUGUUGUGUAAAGAGAGUCUGAGUGGACACUGUUACUGGGAGGUGGAGUGGAGCGGGGUUGGCGUGUCCAUUUCAGUCUCCUAUAAAGACAUCGGCAGGAAAAGACUGGGAGAUAAACAUAACAAUGAGUCCUGGAGUCUGCAAUGUUCUUCUUCUUCUCUCACUUUCUAUCACAACAACAUUAAGACUGAUCUUGGAACACCGUCAUCCUCCAGAAUAGGAGUGUGUGUGGAUCACAGUGCAGGAACUCUGUCCUUCUACAGCGUCUCUGAUACAAUGAAGCUCCUCCACAAAGUCCAAACCACAUUCACUCAGCCUCUAUACGCUGGGUUUGGUCCCUCCUGGUGGCCGGAAUCUACUGUGAGAUUAUGUGAUUCAAAAUAAUGUAUGUAGUGUUUUGUGUAAAAAUUCCCAAAAAUUGCUAGCACACAAUUUUAGUAAUUAAAACAUAUUCUUUAUUUUUUAUAAUAGUUAAAACAUUUAAUAUUAAAAAUUAACUGUUAGCAUAGAAAUGGUGAAAAUGAUCAUAUGAAAUCUCAUGAUGCAAAGUUUAACCUGUUUGUUUCAUAUAAGUCACAGGCUCAUUAAAUAAACAAUAAACAGUAAUAAAUAAAUAAUAAAUGUACUAGUGCAGAAUGUUUAACUAACACUAUA